AUGUCUUCUGCCGGCCAUCACCAUCAUCACCACCAUCACCACCAUGGACAUCAGCACGCUCUCGGGCAUGCCGAUCUCGCCCAGGCGAACAAGGAAUACUUCAACGAGAACAAGCAUCUUUUCCAAGAGUGGCCUCAUGCCCAGGAACGACGCGAAAGGACUAUUGCGGCACUCUUGAAUUACAACAAGCUCGACAAGGAGAGCACGACCGUCCUCGAGUUCGCCUGUGGGAGCGGUCUAAUCGCUGCUGGAAUCCUUCCACAUGUCAAGAGUGUCGUCGGUGUAGACAUCAGUGACGAAGCCAUUAAGAUGCUCAAUGAAAAGGCUGAACAAGAUGGAACUCCGGAUCGUUUCAAGGGCGUCUGCGCGAACAUCGAAAGUGAUAAAGACGCACUCCAAGGACAAACCUUCGAUCUGAUCUAUUGCUCGUCAGCUUACCACCACUUCGAGAAUCCGUCAGCAAUCACGAAGGUGUUGGCAUCCUACUUGAAGUCGAAUGGUUCCUUGGUCGUCAUCGACAACGUCUUCACCGGAGAAGGAGUCCCAGAUACCCACAAGCAUAUCGUCGCUUACCAAGGGUUCUCAGAGGGCGACAUGAAGAGGAUCUUCUCUGAUGGCGGGUUGGAAAUGACUUUGUACGAAGUGAUCCCACCUAGCAAGCAAGGCGAUUCGGAUGUCUUCUUCGCGAAAGGUGUCCCUAAGGCUUGA